AACGACAACGACAACGACAACGACGACGACGAAGAAGAAGACGAAGAAGAGGAAGAGGAAGAGGAAGAAGAGGAACCGUGCCUAGUCUGCUGUGUACCCGGCAUGGACCGUCAGUACACACUUUGCGUACUCGUACCGGCGCACCAGUACCGCACCUACGUAAACAAUUAUCACCAGCAGGCGCAUCAUCAGCGGCUGCAACAACGCCAACGCCAGCAAUAUCCCGAGCAACAGCGUUCCUGCAAACAGCCUUAUCAGCAGGAGCAGAUUUACGAGAACGUUGUGUCCCAAUAUCGAAUGAGAAUGUGUUACCAUAACGAUUACGAGAACGACGAGCAAAUACAGAGGUUCUACUGGGAGCAGUGCUAUAGACGCGAUGACACCGACGCCACUGCGUACUAUUACUGUGAAUACGUAAGGAUAUACUGUUGCAGCAGGAUACUCGCACUCGUCGCGUGCCGCGUGCGUUACACGGAUUCUCAUGGAAUCCGUCGAAGUGAAAUUCCACGUCCGCCGUUAUAACCGGCUACGAUGCAUCCCGAGACCACUUUGCCAUCGACGAUCAGUAUUUCCUCUCUUGUACUUCUUCCAUCGAAAUGCAUUUCCUUCGGCUGUUGUCUCUCUAUCUCCGAUCUCAUGACGCGGGUCAUUGAUGGUAUCAAAUAGAAAUUUCGAGUCAUUCGCUUCUCUGUGUUCUUUCUUUCGUUCGCAUUUACAUGUUGAUAGAGAGGGAGGAAAAGAGAAAGAAAGAGAGUCGUCUCGAAAACGAACGGUAAUUGGAACUAUCGGUGCUCGGUUCGAGAACUGUUUUCGAGAGUAGGAAAAGUGCGAAAUUCCGUAGAAACGCGAUGCGAGAGAGAAACGGAAUAAGAAACGUUGCCGUGAAUUCCAAAUGUUUCUUCUUUCGUUACCGGUCGUGUACGUUCUUCUUUUAGUCUCUCUCUAUUUUUACGACGUCGAAACCGUGGAAGAAUCUGAGCUGCAGCAGAAUCGUGUCCGUAAACUCCUGGCACUACGUAAAUUGCGUGUAAUGGUAUUUCCUUGUUUGAAAAUCGAAGGAAUGCUGGUGCCGGGUCGUUGCGCGGCUUCUAUCGGUUUUCGACGCCUGAUCCAACUGAAAGCGUGAAACGACGUGCUAUACCCUAAUUCAACGUCCACAUUCCACCGUGGAAUUCUUUCGAAUGAAUAUCAUUCAAGCGCUAUCCAUUUCCAAUUUAAUUUACCGAUUGCUGCCAUUAACUACAUGAAAUAAGUCCAAUAAUCGAGACUCAAGAAGUACUUGAACGAUCGAACAAAUGUUUUUAAUACGAACGUAGUUAAAUUUUGUCCUAUUUCUAUCAAUUUCUUUUUCGCUAUUUUGGAUUUUAAUAUUGUUGUUUCCAAUUGUG